AGGAGGCGAUAGUGUCGCGCCUCCCGCCAGCGGAAUUGUUCGUGGAUCAGAGAAGGCGAUUCCUACUGGUCGUUCAGGGCUUGUAAGCCCUGCCCACCAGGUGGCCGUGGAAAGUGUGUAGUUUCUUCGACGGACGGUGAGGCACGGUUCUCUUCUAAUCAAGAGAAAAUCUUUCGAUAAAACCAUGUGUGCCCGGGGGUGAUAAGUAAGUGAAAAUAAAGUAGAAAAAACACGUCAUACGGGCGAGGGACUGUCGAAGGGACGAGUAACAGCGGUCAAACGAUACGGAUAGGUGUUGUCGCGCGUUAAAUCUGAUCAGACGGAGAGAAGGACGCGUAUGUGUCCGGGGGCGUGCGAUUAUUCGCCCGAGGUUUGAAGGGUUCGUUUUACCGGACCGUCGCCUGAGGGAAUCGGAGAUAAAACUAAAGGGCGGAAUAAAAUCUAGGAGUAUCUGACUGGAUAAAUAAGUGUUUGAUUUGACUAGCCGACGUCAGCUGGUCUUCGGUGUGAGAGAACCAAGUUAGAAAUGGCGGCGCUGGUGGCAGGUGUCCAGUAUGGUUUGUCAUCGCACAGUAAUUUUCAUGAAAACAAGUCGUUGAUAUUUGUGAAACUUACGGACUCAGCUUACCGGGCCAUCGAGGACUACCUUCGCAAUCGAAAUAAGACGAGUGACAGCCCUACUAUACAGUUCCUAGGAAACGAAGGCCAACUAUCCUUUCCAUCGUCACAAUCCAGCCAUGGAACAGCGGGAUUCACCUUCAGCCUUUCCGGCAAUCAGGACAUCGAGGGACCGCAGGGGAGUUUCGAAUGCGUACAACAGACCGGGACGAAGAGUUUGGAAAGCCUCGGCACGCUGCCGUGUAAAAUGCGGAUACAGGCGAAGGAUGACGUAUACGAGGCUACCAGGGUUCGGAUGGCUGUUGCAGAGGAGAACCACAAAAAUAAAUGCACAAGGGAAAUAAAACCCAAUGGGCCGGAUAUCGGGCGGAAAGUAAAGGUCAAAGUAAAAGGAGGGACUGGAAGAACUGUACCAUCAUCAGCACUUCCGAGGGUACGAGAACCACCGAUGACGGUUUCGAACUCCUCCGGUAUCUUGCCAUCGUCAUCCACCACUCAAUCACGCCUUUCUUCGUACAAACCCGCCCCCAGCAACAAUCCACCUCCUGCUGCCCGUGCUCAACCCGAGAAAAAGAUGUCUGACAUUAUGCGAAGGCCCCUUAAAGAAAGACUUAUUCACCUCCUCGCUUUGAGGCCAUACAAGAAGCCCGAGUUGCUGGAACGCAUUCACAGAGAGGGUAUCAGAGACCGAGAAAAAACUAUAAUUACAACGGUGCUGAAGCAGGUAGCUUACAUGCGCGAUAAUACUUAUCAUCUGCAUCGGCAUGUGUGGAACGACGUGCAAGAAGAUUGGCCCUAUUAUACCGAACAAGAAAAGACAAUGCUGAAACGCCGCAAACCGCAAAACCUAACGCCACCAGGCUCUAGUGAUGGGGGCUCUUGUGGUAGUGGUCAGUCGCCAAACUCUACGCAUCCGGGUUCACCUCCAGGGAUAACAGCGCCACCUCCGAGUAUAAUGGGCUCAAAGAGACCAGGCUACUUCCAAGGAAAUGACGGGCUCCCAACCAAGAGACCCCGAAUAUCUCACUACCGUAAACCAGAACCGAGUAUUUCCACAACGAGCAACAAUGGAUCGGCUGCUGUGGACAAUGGAAGGACAUCAGGUGGUGGUGGUGGUGGUAGUAGUAAUAACAACAGCUGGGAUCCGAGACAGCAACGCGAACGCGAUUAUCGCACGGAGAGAACAAACAGUGAUGUGCUUCGAAGCAGCUAUAGUGUCAGCAAAUCGUGCCUGACGCCAUCCAGUGACUGUGAGGACAUUCAUAGCGCACCUAGCAAUCUAAACAGCCAUAAUUCGCAUAGUAGUCUAACCCAUAAUAACAUUAUAAAUAACCAUAAUGGUAACAGUAAUAAAUUGAGCAGUGUUGAUAGCGGUGUUGUGAAUUUUGUGCGAGGGAGUGGUGGUGCCAACUUCGGGGGUAGUCCAAGCGCCAGUGAUAGGCGAGAUCGGGACGACCGAGGGAGGGAAAGAGAGAGGGAAAGGGAGAGGGAAAGAGAGAGAGAAAGGGAGAGGGAGAGAGAGCGGGAAAGAGAGCGGGAGAGGGAGAGGGAACGAGAGAGAGAAAGGGAGCGCGAGAGAGAACGGGGGAGAAGUGUAAAUAGUGGUGGAUCUUCGAAUUUUGAAGUUACGACUCACAGUGGCAAUAGUUACAUCGGAAAUACAAAUGGCAAUUCAGGGCAUAUUAACUCGGGAUCUGGACGUACUUCACCCCCCCGAUCUGAGAACAGCAAGACAACGGAAUUUCCAGACUACCUCACGUACUUCACGACAAUCAGCAGCAACGAGCAAAAAAGACGUUACAAGGCAGAGUUUAGUGCGGACUACGAUGAGUACAGGCGUUUACACACGCAAGUGACCAAGGUUUCGAAACGAUUUGCGCAGCUUGAAGAACAUUUAAGGAAAGAGCUUGAAUCUGGAAACGAGACUAAAUAUUCGGAAAUCAAGAGCCAAAUAUUUUCCGAGUAUAACGAGAUCAAAAAUGAUCCGGAUCAUCAGCAGACCAAGAGGCGGUUUCACUAUCUCCACGACAAGCUGAGUCACAUAAAGCGGCUGGUUCAUGAUUAUGAUUCUCAAUAUGGCAGCGGGGGUGCAGGCAGUUUGCACUACUGACAUAAGCUCAAACACUUAUCCCUUCUACUCUUCUCGGUUGUUAAUACGCUGCUGUCGACGUUAUUGCCAAGUGUGCAUUUUCUCGGCAAACUCCAAGGUUAAUUAAAAUUGUUCCUGCAGAAACGUCCCCGAAGACAUUGCGACGGUUUGAGCUGUUUUUGUCCCGGCAUUUUUAACUUACCCUAAAAUGCUCAUUACUUUCGUAUUUGAUUUUAAAUCAGAGGCCAUAGAUUCUGCUCAACUGCAUCCAUGAAAGAACAACGGGAUCCACUUGUUAGGCAAUGUUUGGCAAGGUUUGAUAUUGUAUAUCCGGUAACAGCGAAAAAGUUUUCGUUAUAAGUAACUGGAUACGUAAUUCACAAAGCAAUUACCAAGCACGAAAGACAAUCCUAUCGUAUAAAGAAAAAGAAAGGACUCUGUCCUGUAUCGUAUAAUAAGCUGCGUCUACGUCCAAGACUGUCCAGAGAAAAAUACUAAGCUAUAAAUAAUAUAAUACGCGCGUCCAAAAGUGUCCAGUAGUUAUGUGAGUGAGAGUCUGAGGAUAAAGCUAAUAAAUUCGUAAGCAGUUCAGCCAAAAACUAAACACAAAAAUAAAAAGAAAGACAUACGAAGUUGCGGAAACAUAUAACAAGUAAAGAAUUACAAUUUUCAGAAUUAUUAUCCCACGAUUAUCAGAGUCUGUACAUCAUUGGUUUUACCAUAUCAAACUGAUUGCUGAUCCAAUACAGAGGUCUGAUAAGAGUAGUCCACAAACAUUUCGUUGCUAUAUCCUAUUUUUAAUGCUAAAAAAAUUAGAGUUUUUUACACAUAUUGAAAAGCUUGAAGUUUUGUUUUAAAAAAGGUAAUUUUCAUUUCUCAAUAAAACAUAAUAAUAAUACACACACAUGUUCCGUACCAUGAAAUAGGAUAACAGUAACAUUUAAAAGUAUCACCGGCACAACUGAUACAGAAAUUCCGAAGCCACUGGCUUAGCCACCAAAAGCCAAACUAAGAGUAAAAACAAAGUUAUCGGUUGAAGUGAUUGGGGAUUUCCUUAAUGGGAAACACAAUUACCUGAAACACUCGGAAUCUCUAGAGUACGCUGAGGAAAAAGGGAAUCAACGAUUGACUAAUAAGGAAAAGUAAACAAAGCUUGUGAUUUGUGUCCAGAUUGUGUAUAUUGAGUAAUAUAAAUAUUUUAAUAAUUUUAACGAUAGUUAUUAAUAAAUAAUAAUAUUCAAUGUAAUUCAUGAUAACAUCAAUUUCAAGAAGAAUAUCAAGCUAGUUUAAUGAUUGAUCAUUUGAUGAUACAUAUGUACAGGCAAACCGUGAUGUUUCACUUCUAAAUAAUAUUUUGUUGUGUAAUUAUUAUACUUAUUAUUAUCAAUAUUGAUUAAAUGAAAAUUUACUAGCUGGUAUAUUUAUCACAGAAAACUGGAAAUAGGUGAACGCGGUGAUAAUCAUUGAUCACACUCUGUGCCAAAUAUUAAAAAUAGUAAAAUAUCAAAAAAGAUCCACAUGACCUUUUAAUUGACUUUUAUUUCAAUCUGUGAAUAUCGGACUACUUUAUGCCCGUGCCUUAACAAGGUAUUCUUUUUACGGAACAACUUCAGGGGCGUUUUAACACUUAACAAAUGCUUAUGUGUCGUUCCAUGUGCAUCUAAAGUAUUUACUCUCUCUCUGGUAUUCUGUGAUAUUAUAGAGACGCAGAUUCGCGAUAAAAUAUGGAAGAUAUGCAAAAUAUGCGAUUAGCUUGAUGAUUUUCAAGGAUAAGUUGGCCUUUCCAUCUCAUCGGAACUGUUGAAUUGUGCUUGUCCUUUCUUCUGCUUUUUCCUUUGUUAACGGAAUCUUCCAGUAAAAAGUUGGUUGUAACAGGUUUCGAAUAAAUAACUGGCACUCCUUUUAAUUUUAUUGAAAAUUUCACGUUUAAAAUUUUCGGCUAUUCUAUCUACUUUUGAUUAUUUGUAAUACGUAGACCAUAUUUAAAACUUGUACAGUAAAUUAUUGUUAUUAUCUCCAAACCAGUGUUGGAAUUUAUCGUUUUUAUGUUGGUGAAUAUGAGUUAAUUUCUAAUUGAAUCAAUUGUUCGAAAUUUAUAUCAAUGACGGCGUUUCUACAAAUGAUUGAAAUUUUCAUUGAUGGUUGUGUCAAUGAUACAAUAUACGUAGUAUGGCCAGCUUAGCCUAGUAAGCUUCACAGAUAACGACGAUUCAAAACAAAAACGAUGUUACGUUACUCAAAUUUUAGUAUGUUACAUGAUGUGUUUACGUUUUACUUAGAAACAAGUGUUAUGUUGGUAUGCUGAUACAUCAAAAAAAUUUGACGUUUGUUAUAUUUUAUUAUGGCAGCAUCUGCUGUUCAAUAUUGAACUCAGAGGACAAUGUACUAAAAUUAAACAUGUUGGAUAUUACAUACAACAGAGAAAAGUGGAUAUAAACGUAUAGAAAUGUAUGGCACAGUGCUUUAACGUGUGUAUAGAAAAAAUGGCAAACAUAAAAAAAAGAAGUGAUUUCACUUAUAAUAUUAUUUAUAAAUAUAUUAAACAAAUGUAUCACUAACCAAGUGCGUACGAGGAAAGCAGCAAAAACAUAAAACAUAAAAAAAAAAUACAAAUUAAAGGAAUAAAAAAAUGUAUAAAAUAAAAUAAAAUAAAAUAAAAAGUAAACAAUAAUGGGUGCAUAAUAAUAUAUUCUCUUGAAGGGUAACUUUAAUUCUAAUUUUUGCAUUGCAAGUUAAUAAAACACUAUUGAAACAAGAAUUUUCGUCUUUUCUUAAUUUUUAUAUCUUUCCAAUCAACAAUCGUCGUGCCUUAAGCGAGGGUUCACUCGUUUGACAUCCGGUUCAGUGAAGCACGACUAAUAGGCAUAUAUAUUCCCGUCGAAAAACGAGCAUAUUUUAAAUUCAAUUCACUAGUCAACACCCACGACACUGUGUCAUACAUCAUAAUAGUGGCUGAGAUCGGUAAUUAUGCUCUGUCUAUCUUGAAGUGCCGAAGACUCUAGUUGCGCACACUUUACGAU